GUGAGGAGAGGGACCAAAAGAGAGACUUCGGCUUUCCUAAUGAAGUUGUGUUGGUUGGCAGGAGGGGCUGCAUCCCUUGUUUCUUUUCUUCAAAUUGCUUCUAUUAUUAUUUGAUUAUUAUUAAGCAAAACUCGUCCCAAAAGGAACAUGAAUAGGCUGAACAUGGAUUUUUGGAGAGAGGUCUUUGAAGAGCUGGUCAGAGAGGUAAACCCAAACGAUGCCUGGAGACUAACCAUGGACCGGCAGCUUGACUUCCAUCAUGUGGAGCCUGGGUGGGAGCAAUCGCUACUGGAGCAUGCCCAUGCCAGAUUUACAUGUUCACGAUGCUUCCGUAACUGGUCCUCACAUCAAGUUGUUAUCCUUUUUCACAUGCACUGGAAGAGAUAUGGGAGACAAGGGCAGGUCAAGAUGAGAUUCUUCGGCCAACAAUGUCAGCAGUGCUCUUCAAAUUAUGAGGAACCCCUGUUCAGUGAGAAGGAUGUUGACAACGUCUUGAGUCGCUUGAUCCUUGACAUACGGGAGAAGUGCUACGGAGAGAACGUUGAUCGUGGAGAACUCUCUGAGGUGAUAUGGGGACACAGCGGGCCCCAUAGGCCCCACUAUUGUCAAGCUUGCUAUUUGGGGAUACACCACAGGGAUCAUGGAUGGCCUGCAGGUACAGGGCAUCAUGGGAGACCCCAAAGUCCAGGGCAUUCCUGGGCCACUACAAAGGAAAGCAACAAAGCUAGUAAGAUAGACUCCAGCAUUCGAAAUUCCUCAACAGUACAACAGACCCAGCCACCCACAGAGCACCCAGAUCUCCGUAUUUUUAAGAUUAUUGUCAUAUUCAUAUUCAUAUUCAUAUUCAUAUUUAUUGCCUAUUUGAAAGACUGGUUCAAGUGAUGGCAAAAUGGUUUGAUAAAUUAGUGCAUGUUUAGACAUGUAUAUUCAGAAAUUAUUCUAAUCAAGCCACCUGUGCAAAAUAUUGUUAGUCAGAACCUUUCUGGUGGAGGUGUUUGCAUUCCCCUGCCCCCACACUUCGAUUGUUUUGCUCUAUGAAUAAAGUUUGAUCCACCCAAAUGAACUACUGCUUGUGACCAACCACCAAACAACAGUUGUAGUCGGAUUUAAGUGUCCAGAUGAUUUUAGUGCAGGACCACAAAUACCCCUUUUCAAGUGGUCCUUCUCUUGAAGAUAACAUUUCUUAGAUCAUAUAUUACUCUGUACUGUUUCUGCAAAAAUAGGAUUUUUCUCCGGCAGUUAGGUCCAUUGCAAUUUGAGCAUAGUACAGAAUGAAGCUGUAAGGAAGCUAAUUGUGGGCACGAAUUAGCCAGAGACAAGAAACAUAACUCCUUCCUCAUUCCAUCUUGUGCACUUAGAUAGGAACACAGGAAGCUGCCUUCUAUUGAGUCAGA